GUGUUAAUUAAAUUAAGUCCACGUAAACUUAUUUGUGUUGUGUGCGUGACUGCGUGUGCAAGCGUGCGAGUGUAACACUUUAUAUAUUGGACAUACACGGUUUUGGUAAACAGUGCUUGGUGUUGGAAAGUGUACGCUGUCAUGUGUAUGAGCUGACACGGAGUGAGUAGUUAACUGAAAGACAAAGGAUAACUGAAACAAGAAAAACAGGCACACAAUGGGAUCGACAUGGAAUUUACAUGAAAUCGCCAGCAAGGGGGCAUUAAUGAUAAGCGUUUUCUUUCUUGCAACAGCAGUUAGAGGUGAUUGGCUGCUAUUUAUAGUAUGUCUUGGUCAGGAUUAUCUGAGAGAAUUUCUGCAAACAACGGACGCUACCCUUAACUCCACCCUCCAGACACGUGGUGCCCUCGAAAGAUUUUAUUUGAAAGAUUUGCAUAUUUAUACAAGCUUUGCUGUACUCGUGUCGUUCUGUACAUUCUGGGGAAUAGGUCUCGCCUUUGACACAUACUUCUACAAAAAUAGAAAAGACAAGCCUAAAGAAUGGAAGUGCCAGCCAGACCGUUGGCUUACAAAAACAAAUGAAUGGCACGAGUUUUUCUUGGGUUCUGCCAACAUGCUCGUAGGCUCUGUCAUAUCUGGCUUCCUGUCAUGUUACAUAAUGAACGGAGGUAAGCUAGAAUUACAUAUAAAUGGCACCCCACCCUUUACAGUACGGGAGCACCCGGGCCGGUUCAUCAUGUUAUCAAAAUUUCUCGCUAUUCCGAUUUUCACUGUCCCAGUUCAUGCCGUUGUAUAUGUAGUGAUUCUCGUAUACGGGUAUUACUAUGGAAUGAUGGAUCACUCGGGUAUCAAAAUGGACGCCAUUUGGCCUUGGCAACCAUCCUCUUUGUUCCAUGACGACCAUCAUAGGUACUUUCAUUGUAAUUUUGGUUUCAACACAAUAUUGUUUGAUCGUUUCCACGGAACACUACGAAGAAAGAAUCACAAAUACGGAGAAAAGAUUUUUGGCGGGAAAGGAAAAGCAGACGAUAAUGGCUCAAUGGAAAGCGUUUAUCACAAAUAUUUGUAGUGGAUAAUUUUUUUUGUUGAAAUUCAUUGAUUAGGCUGGUUAAAACAUGCACGUGAUGACAAAAUUCAUGUAGUCAUAAUAUCAUAACUUAACUGAUUAUUUUGAUUUUGGCAUGGACAACAUUUGUGAUAAUGAUUAGGGUCUGGUUUAUGAAAGUUUAUUUUCCCUGUACAUCAUUUGGUUAAUUUGUACAAGUUUGUGAGUUCUCCAUUCUGAUAAGGGUCCGAUAACUAGGUCAUUAAAUGUAGGUUUUAUGUAUACAUACACACAUUUUUGUGUAUGUGUGCACAGUUCUUAACUCUUCUAAAAGAUAAUAACAACAGUGUCCAACAUGUCAACCUUUUUAUUUUGUUUUGUUCGUGGCUAGUCUUUAAACUGAAAUGCAGGUCAUAUUAUAAGUAAUUAAAAUAAGAAUCUAUUUUUAGAAAUCUAAAGAACGUAUUCAGGGCCGCUCCACGCAUAUUUAAACAAUAAAAAUUGAUUUUAUUCAUUUUCAUUGAUGCGUGAAAUAUGUUAAAUUUUGUAAUAAUUUUAUGACAGACAAGAAUAUGAGAAACGUGCGCACGUGCACAUAUUAAGGACAAGGUGUUUGUUUUUAUCGGGAAUGUCGAAUUCCAUUUUCUUUUUUGUACAUUUAUCUAUCGUCGUAAAACAGCGUGUUCGUGUGAAAGAUACAAUGAAAUAUCCCUGUAGAAAGAAAGUGCUUAACAGAGGAGGAAAAAGCAACUAAAAAUGUGUGCUUUUUUUCUAUUAAUUCAAUCUUAAUUAUAUUUAUGUACACUCUUUAAAAUUGAAGCCAUUUCAUAUCGAGUACAUGUAUUUAUCUUUUUAAAGAACAUAUUCUAUGUAGACGCUUUUGAGUAAAAUUCUUCUUCAGCAGAUGCUCUUAAUUGAAGUCAUGCAACAUUUGACAGUAUAUCUUUCUUUUAGAGUCAUAUUAUUCAAUGAUAUAAUGAUAUGUUUUCAACAAAAAAUAUUUAAAUUUUAAAGCGAUUUUUUUCAAUUCAAUAUUAUUCCAUAAAAAAACAAGCUGAAAUUGUUUAUCAAUAGCUAGAAAUAACAAAACAAACGUAAAAAGUUUAAUAUUUAUUUAGUUUAUUAUGAUCGUACGAAUUUUACUGUUUAAUUGUUUAUUUUCAGAUAAAUAGUUAUGUUUAUAAUCAGUUGUAUAAACCAUAUUGAUCAACUAGAUCAAAUUUAAUCUAGUUAAAAGUUCAAAGUCUAGCAUAUUGUAAUUAAUUGAAUAAAGCACAAUUUAUUUUCACCAACAAGAUAAAUCAAAUGCGUAGUUUUAACCAGCCUGUGGUCCUUUCUAAUUUUGGCUAUUUGAGCGGUGGCCAUGAAUGCCCGCCAUACAUCAAAUGUAUGGUUGCACGAGCCGCAAAAUCGUAUGCCAUUAUCAAAAGGAUCAGAACACCAUGUCAUGUUAAUCGCCAGGAACUGUAUUUAUUGUAAUGUAUAAUUGUAAAUUUGAGUAUUUGAGCGUUUUUUCCCUGUUUGCCAUCUUGAAUAGCAGCUAUUCGUGCUUACCAGACUUCCAAAGCCUUGGACGCAGGAACUCAAAGUACGGCAGACAAUACGGAAAUAAGUUAUCGUUUGAGUAACAAUGUACCAUACAUGUAUAUUAGUGUAGUAGCAUUUUUUGUACACCUACAAUUUAUUAUUCUUUUUGUUGAAUAACUGAUGAAGUGGCAAUGAUUGCCGGCUGGACUUCAGCUGUCCGGUCCCAGGAGCCAUAUCUCAGAGUUUCAUUAAGAAUAAAAUUUCUGUUUGAUUGUUAAUUUUUCAAAUAUUGUUCCAAAAAUCUAGUGUUAUUUUAUGUUGUUUGCAAGAAAUUCGAAACCUAUGGCCAUGAACGCAUUUCCGGUUUUCACAUAGACUGGUCGCUGGAGCUGCAUGUUCGGACUUCGACCGCAACAACUGUUUCCUUUUUGUUAUAUUUUGUGAUAAGAUUUAAUAUUGUGUUAAAAUUUUAAAUUUUUUGUUUUCUCCAAAUCGUAAGCAGACACCAUUGUUCUCGCAUUUAAUAAUCAAACAUUCAUUUUUCGCUUUAACAACGAUUUAAAACGUCUGAUAACAUGUAAUUGUAUGCCAAUUAAUGUAGCUACAUGUAUUAUGUAAACAUAUUUACUAAUAUUUAUUAUUCUUUUUGUUGAAUAACUGAUGAAGUGGCAAUGAUUGCCGGCCGGUCUUCAGCUGUCCGGUCCCAGGAGUCAUAUCUCAGAGUUCCAUUAAGAAUAAAAUUUCUGUUUGAUUGUUUAUUUUUACUAUUAGCUAGUGUUAUUUUAUGUUGUUUGCAAGAAAUUCGAAACCUAUGGCCAUGAACGCAAUUCCGGUCUUCAAACAGACUGGUCGCUGGAGCCGCAUGUUCGGACUUUGACCGCAACAACUGUUUCCUUUUUGUUAUAUUUUGUGAUAAUAUUUAAUAUUGUGUUACAUUUUAAUUUUUUGUUUUCUCCAAAUCGUAAGCAGACACCAUUGUUCUCGCAUUUAAUAAUCAAACAUUCAUUUUUCGCUUUAACAACGAUUUAAAACGUCUGAUAACAUGUAAUCGUAUGCCAAUUAAUGUAGCUAUUAUGUAAACAUAUUUACUAAUAUUUAGUAUUCUUUUUGUUGAAUAACUGAUGAAGUGGCAAUGAUUGCCGGCUGGACUUCAGCUGUCCGGUCCCAGGAGCCAUAUCUCAGAGUUCCAUUAAGAAUAAAACUUUCUUUUUGAUUGUUUAUUUUUCAAAUUUUUUUCCAUAAAUUAAGUGUUAUUUUAUGUUGUUUGCAAGAAGGUCUUAGAAACAUAUGGCCAUGAACGCAUUUCCGGUCUUCACAUUGACUGGUCGCUGGAGCCGCAUGUUCGGACUUCGACCGCAACAACUGUUUCCUUUUUGUUAUAUUUUGUGAUAAGAUUUAAUAUUGUGUUACAUUUUAUAUCUUUGCUUCCUAGAAAAAGUAUCUGCUCUUGCAUUUAAUAAUCAAAUUUCAUUUUUCGCUUUAACAACGAUUUACUACUUCUUUAAAUCUAUGAAAAUGUCGUCUGAUUACAUGUAAUCGUAUACUAAUUCAUGUAGCUAUUAUGUAAACAUAUUUACUAAUAUUUAUUAUUCUUUUUGUUGAAUAACUGAUGAAGUGGCUAUGAUUGCCGGCCGGUCUUCAGUUGUCCGAUCGCAGGAGCCAUAUCUCAGAGUUCCAUUAAGAAUAAAAUUUCUGUUUGAUUGUUUAUUUUUCAUAUAUUGUUCUAUAAAUUUAGUGCUAUUUUAUGUUGUUUGCACGAAAUUCGAAACUUAUGGCCAUGAACGCAUUUCCGGUCUUCAAACAGACUGGUCGCUGGAGCCGCAUGUUCGGACUUCGACCGCAACAACUGUUUCCUUUUUGUUAUAUUUUGUGAUAAGACUAAAUGUUGUGAUACAUUUUAUAUAUGUAUUUCUCUUAUAUACCAAGCAGCAGACAUACCUGAAUCAUAUAAAUCAUAGACAGACUUACCUACUCUUUUUAAAAUUGAACAUCCUAACGAUUAUUUACAGAAAUGUCUGUGGGUCAAGUGGAUUAUCGAGUAUUGUUGUAUAGUUAAAUAUAAAAUUGGAAACAAUUACAUGUACAAAAAAUUGCAAAAUGUAAAGUUAUUUUGCCUUUCACUAAGAUCACAUGUUUUUUUUAAUUUGGAGAAAUUAUUUGACUUGUGUACUUUAAAAUGUUUCAUGCACAGUGGAAAUGCAAGAAUUUCAGCUUCUAGUCAAGUGCUUUUACGAAUAUUUUUAUACCAUCACAGAAUGUUUGUUAUAUUUCACAUUUUCACUUACAUGUAUGUCAGCGCACUUUUUGACAUUAUUUUUUUGGAAAAUAGAUCGAGCGUAAAUUCA